AUGUGGGAAUUUAGUAGAAUAAAUUCAUUUAUCUUUUCAUACUACAAAAAUAAUCAAACAAAAUUAAUUUUACACACAUGUACUGCCCUUGUAUUGAGUUAUAUAUUAGUCCCAACAUUCAAGUCGUGCUUAGAAUAUAUUCUUAUAAACAAAAAAUUGGACAACAAUCAGGAAUCAAAACGAGAGGAUAAGUAUACCACAGGAUUAAUUAAUUCAAGUACAUAUUGUUUUAUCAAUUCUUCCUUACAAGCACUAUCCUCACUGCCAAAAUUUACUAUUUAUUUAAAUGAAACAUUAAAGAUCACAUAUGGGUUUAUACAGAACAACCAUCUAUCUUCCAAUAUUGAGAGAAGUAAGAUCUCACCUUUAGACGAUUAUGGAUCACUGAGACAAAUUAUUCCUUUGCACAUAGCUGUCUCUGAAUUUUUAUUCGAUUUACAAAAAAUAGUAACUAAACCUACAAGUACAUCUGUGAGACAAUUGAUUAAAGUGUUGGAGGUAUCUGUACAUCUCAAGUUCAAUAAUGGUCAGCAAGAUGCCCACGAGAUAACUCAAAUUCUUUUAGAAACUUUGAAGAACGAAAAUAAGGUAUUAGAUCAAACUUUCAAGAAAAGUGGUGAAUCUCAGAUGGUAGUGCCUGAAUUUCCAUUCCUUGGCUGCCAAACUGAUUCGUUAAUAUGCCUAACCUGUAAUAGAACAUCAAAUGUAAGAGAGCACGAAUUCAUCAUUCUAACUCUCCAUCUUCCUCGGAUACAAUCAGAUACACUACUAAAUACGAUCAACAAGAACCAAGUUGAAGAGAUCACUGAUUAUGCGUGUUUGGUUUGUCAAAUAAAUUCAAUUCUAGCUAAUGAAGAAUAUUUAAAGAGGAACAACAACGGUAAAACAAUAAAUGCCGAAGAAUCAAGAUAUAUUGAUACAUUAAGACAACUGGUACCAAAAAUUUGUAUCAAUGAAGAGUUACCAGACGAUGUAAUAUACUACAUUAAGUCAUAUAAUAAAAAUGGUUUAAAUGUCUGUCAAAAAAUUAGGUCAAAGAUCAUCAAGAAGACAGUAAUUACAAAAGCACCCCUAGCUUUAAUUCUUCACCUCUCAAGAUCUUCUUACAAUGGAAUGAUUUCUGUUAGAAAUUCUUGCAACAUUGCCUACGACAGCAAGCUAGAGCUUCAGAGCCAAUCGAUUACCGAUAACAUCUGCAGUGAUAUAGUUAAUAAUAAGUAUAGUUUACAGGCAAUGGUUAAACAUACGGGCACACAUAUGGAAGGACACUACCAAUGUUAUAGAAAGAAACCCAAUUUAGUAAAAAGAAUUUCCUAUGAACAAAAUGGCAAUGACAUUAUUAAGAAAUACGAUAUCAUAAACAGAACACCUGUAAUACAAUUGAAGUUAGAUGUAGACAACAACAUGCAACAGCGUACAAUCGGAGUUCUUGAAUCCAAAACCAAAAAGCUGAACUCCAUAAAGAGUAAACCAUAUUGGAAAAUAUCAGAUACUGACAUUUCUGAAGUUACAGAGAACCAAGUUAUCAACGAGUCCAAGUACGUCUACAUGUUAUACUACGAUCUUGCUUCUUGA